CUCAGGCGCCAUUUGUUUUGACUGACCCUGUAGAAUAGGCCAGUGCUCAUGUUACUGGAAAUGUAGACGACGGCGAGUUUUCUUUGGAUUCGGGCAACAGUGCAAAUAAGAAGGCCUACGUUAACGUGACAUAAACGGGGAAAAAACGCAGAAGGUUAACGUCAUGUUUGUGAAAGUGCAGUUCAAAAACUCCAAGAAAUUCAUAAAGUUACAAAAUGGAUUCACUUUUACAGAUUUCAUAAAUGAAGACUGGAGCAGACUUGAAGAUAUAUGACGAGUCCCACACUGAAAUUGAUCAAGACAUUUUGGAAGAGUUGCUAGAAGCAAACCCAAAAUCAACAUUAAUCAUAAAAGAUCUUAGUGAAGAGGAAGCAACCAGCUCCACAGAUACACUGACAAGUCAUUCAUCUAGUGAACAAGAUGUACCCUCUGAAAGAUGUGCCAAAAGGCUCAAAACAUCACAGCAAGAUGACAGAGUUGGAGCAGCAGAGGAGCAAAGAUCAGCAAAGGAGAUGGUGCUUGCUGCCUUAAAAGAGAAAUCCAAAGGAGAUGAAAUUCUUGAAGAGUACAAGGCCACCGAUACUUUGUCAAAUGAAAUGAGAAGAGCGCUUGUUAACAUACUGGUGGGGCACAUGACAGAGAGGCAUGGGAGGAUUCCAACCCAGAAGCAGAGAGAGCAGUAUGCCAUUGGAAUUGUGUCUUUGUUUCCUUCAUUGAAAGACCCAUUUUCCAAGAAGGGAUAUGAGCACUUUUAUGAUGCAGCAAGCGGAAGUGGUUAUCUAGCUUGGCGUUUAAAAACCGUUCAAAGAAACCACUCUUGUCACACUGAAAGAAAGAAUAAGUCUAGCUCUGAACAAGGAGGUCCAAACAUCAGGAGAGACAUUAGUUUAGAACAUCAGCUUGAGGGAGAUGCUCUUGUGGAGGCCAUUUCACUUCUUGCUCAUACAGGAGUUGAAGAAACCAUUUUUAAA